CGUCCUGGAAAGGAGUGGGCAAGAUUUCCCUGUAACCCUAUACUUCAUUAUAAAUACAGAAUUGCGAUAUGAAGAUGGCGUUUACCUCUGAUAGACCUUAGGUUUUAAUCGACUAAUCUCAAUGAAACACGCCAUACAAAAACAUGGUGGUCGAGUGCGCCGAGUCAGCAAUUCAAAUGCUGAAAAUUCAAAUACACUGAGUCAACUCUAAUAUAAAUUAAAUAGUUCUUAAAAUCGUAUGGAACUGGUUAGGGGGACAGCAGUCUGUAUGUCGCUGAGUGCUGCUAUUGAUAUCGAUUUGAUUAUGAGAAGUAUGCAUCUGGCUGUUCUCUGGUACGGAAUGAUUGUUUUGGGAUGUCCUUAGAGCUUCUCGGAUUGUUUAUAGGAUAGCUAUCGCAGUUGAAGAACAAUUCUGACCACAAAGUUAGCGUUUUCACCGUCCAAAUUGAAAUAUUCUUCGAUCACGCCGGGCUGGUGAGCGCUCUGAAGCGGAACAAUCAGCGUCCACAAAUAUGGCGUUUGUGACCGUGUGGUUUUUAGAGAAGCCUGGAACUGAGUUAACGCCUGUUGAAAACUGCCUCCGAGCGGUCCUGGAGUUAGUCCGAAGGCGCCAAAACUCGAAUGUGCUGAAAGUACACAGUUUUCCCGUCAUUUUGAUACUAAAUAUGCCAUGGUUUCUUCGAUGUUCGCUUAGCAAGAGACAGUAGAGGAAAUAGUAAAAGAAAAGGUAAGGUUUAUUUGUCGUUUCUAUCGUAUUUUUGGCUAGGAUAGUUUUUUAAGUUUCUCUACUUAUCCGAGAAUUUGUGCUACGAACCGAAACUUCAAAGCCUUGACAAAAGCUCUAUGAUUUUUGUUUUCCUAAUUUUGCCUUCUUUCCUUAGUUUUUUAUGAGUUAAUUUCUAGGAUGCCGCACACAAAGAACACGCGCUUUAACUUGGCUCAAUUCAUGAAAGCUCGCAAGGUUGCAAGGGAGAAAGCUGUUGAUGAAAAUCGCAAGCUAUCGGCAGAGUACAAAAAAGUCCAGCGAGCCCAAGAAAAGUUGGCCACAGUCAGGGAACACUUCAAAGACAUAACAAAUGAAUUAGAAAAUAUUCCUUCACAGGGACAGGUAUCUCAGGCACGAACAAGAAGCCCUACUGCACUUGUCAAUGGAGAAUCAACACUGGGACCAAGGACCGCAAGAAAAAGGAGGCAUGAAACCAUUGAAGCUGCUGCCAAAAUUCAUGGGAGCUCAAAUGAACAUUCCUCAGCCUGUUUCGAGGGAAUGUUUGACACUCUGCAAAAGAGAUGCAAGUUAGAUAAGUUAACAAAAUAUGUGACAGAGAACAAGCAGUUGACCAAUAGAAUAGUUUGUAAAGAGUAUAAGAAGAGUGUGUUAGAAUUUGAAAAGUCAGAUGACAACAUUGUUCGAAGUAUUGCAACAUAUUAUGCAAGUGGUGUAAUGAGGAAACGAAAGUACAAAAGUAUAAGACUGGUGCUUUCAAUGAAAUCAAAUGAAGGCAAACCAGGGAAAAGAACAAGUAUUUCAAUUUGUAAAGGCUGUAAGGUUCCAAAGCUUCUAACUUAUAGUAACCUUGUAGAACAGUUAAAAAAGAUUGACAUUGGGACUGUUCAUGAAAUUGACCCAGACUAUCUAGAGGGCUUAGAAACUGAAAACCAAGUCAAUGGUGCAUAUAGAGACUUGAGACAAUACCCACCACUUGCUAUGUCCUCUUAAUAAAUGUGAUGGUGAAAGGCGUUUCAGAAGUUAUGGAAACUUUUGAAGUUCCUUUUCUUGUUCCUUUACUCUGCUUAAUAAGGAAUUCUCGGACUGAGUCUCUGCUUAGCUCAGAUAACUGGGCAAAAUCUCGAAUCAGUCUGUUCUCUCUGUUAUAGUAGAUUAUAUCUGUGUGUUUUUCUUCGUUGUGCACAACACCAUAAGCGGAACGGGCCUUUUUAACCAUCUGUAAAAUUAAGGAAAAUAUUUCCGAGGACAUCGCCCUUUUAAACUCUACAGUCCAAGCGCUUCGGGCCUUCAUUCUUGGACUGAGGCGCCUAUGGAGCAUCUUAAGCCACAUCUUCACUUCUCCUUCCAGGAGUGCUGUCGCUGGAAUU